AUGAUAUCACAGCUUCUACACCAGUGGGGAGAAGAGGGCUUCCUGGCUCACGUACACAGGGUUAUUGAUUUCUACAGGAACCAGAGAAAUGCAGUAUUGGCAGCUGCAGACAAGUGGUUAGGUGAUUUGGCAGAAUGGCACGUUCCUACUGCUGGAAUGUUUUUAUGGAUUAAAAUUAAAGGCAUUUCUGAUGUAAAACAACUGAUUGGAGAAAAAGCCAUUAAGAAAGAGGUGUUAAUGCUUCCUGGAAAUGGCUUCUACGUUGAUAGCUCAGCUCCUAGCUCUCACAUCUGGGACAAAGUGAUGUUGCACUUCAGCUGGGUCGCCUGGGUGACUUCCCAGGACACUGCCUAUAGUUUUACAAAUGAAAGACAGAAACUGCGCCGCAAUGGCAGAGGGGCGACAGGUACACUGCACGCCCCGGAACGCGCUGCAAUGGCCACAGCGGCCGCCAGGUGGGGAUCGAGGACCAGGAUCGCGGGCAACUUCCGGUCCCCACCGGAAGCGCCCCCCGGAUCGCGGCUGGACCACCCGGGCUGCGGCGUGGGGUCAGCGCGCAGCUCCUAA